UACCUGCUUAGUAUUGGUGCUACUACGUGAAAUGGCAUCUUCGAAUAAUGUCCGUGAUGAUUUCCUCUUAAACAAUGUUCCUUCGUGUGUCGAUGGUAUAGUCUCCAUGAAACCCAAAAAUUGCAAUCAAUAUGCAAUGCGUGACUACGCGAUGAAAGUCUUAAAAACAGUUUUCAGUCUUCCUAGCCCGACCCUAUGCACGUUCAUCAUCAACACUGACUACACAUCAAAGUUAGGAAACUUGCUGGAGUCCUCAGACUUGAACGACAUCCAAAUCGGCGCUCAGGGUCUGAAGUCCCACUUGAGCCUACCAAUGGGAGUGAACUACGUCUGCUCUGUGCCAGGACGCAUCAACUUCAUGUUGACGCAACUCAACAAAGCCACUAAAACUAUGUUGGAAAGAACAAGCGACCACAUUAUAGGUAUCAUAGUUGCUUGCUAUCAAAAGAUAGCGGCUGACAGGAGAUCCAACGGCUAUUCGCCAGAGAAGGUUCACCCAAGCAUUUUGGACGACACAUUCCUCGAACCUUUGAAAAGAGCACGCGCAAGAAGGUUUCGACAACCUCGAAUCAUCAAUCAAAUUGUUCAUCAAUAAAUUGAUAACAAUUAACUUAAACGUUAAGGAAUUGUUUGGCCUUUUAGCCAUUGAUUAAAAUGUUCUUUUUCACUUUUUCAUUACAUGUAGCUGUAUUUACAAUACUCUGUAUAAAAAUAUAUGUACAUAUAUUUUUCAAUACAGGUAGAACUGUAUGAGAAUGUAUGUAGUUACAUACUUUUUCCUACAUUACAGUUGUAUGUUUUUUUAUGUUUAUGAUGUAAAUAUGCAACUUAAAUAAUUAAGAAGCAAAGUUAUAGUCAUGGCUGUAUUCAAUAAUGUUUACAAAUGAGCAUGCUUAAGAUAUAAGAUAUAUAUUAUAAUAAAAGAUUCAUACAACUAUCAAAUAUUACCAU